AUGGAUGGAAAUGCAGCAGCUGAUGGGGGUGAGCCCACCUACGAUCCAAUGAAAGAUCCAACAAGGAAGCCACAACGGUAUCCGGGAUGGAACUAUGGAUAUUGGUCUGAGCCUCCAAAUCGGGAUCUUAUUGUGUGCGCUCUUUGUGGCAAGAUAACUUCUGGAGGGAUCAAGAGGCAUAAAGAGCAUCUUGCGGGCGUCGGGGGAGAUGCAAUUGGUUGUCCUAAGGCCACCACACAAUUGAGGAGAGAAAUGGGAACAUAUUUGGAGCAAAAUAGGAGGAUCAAGGGAGUGGUAGAUGUAGAUGAUGUUGAGGAGGUUGUGGAGGUGAGUUCAGUUGGAGCAAACAUCGCCUCUAAAAGGCCAAGCUCAGGGACAGCAGCCAAACAGAAUAAGAAAGCGUUUAUCACCGACAUGCAAGGUAAAAAGAAGUCUGUUUCUGUUGUGUCUGCCGCCAAUAGUUCCAAGCCAAUUGUUGCCAAGCUACGAAGAACACCCGAGGAUCUUGUAGAUGAAAGACGCUCUGGGUGUUCUCAAAGCACCAUGGAGUCCAGCACAAAGACUCCAGAAGAGAGGCAGUAUGUCAAUAUGUAG